AUGAAGUGUGUCCUCGAAGGAAACGGUGUAAAAGUAUUUGGAAAGGCUGUUCAUGCCCUGUCGCGGAUUGGAGAGGAGCUGUGGUUGGAUCCCAUGGCUAAAGGGCUGGCACUGAGAUCAGUGAACACUGCUCAUUCUGCAUAUACCUGCUUCCUAUUCUCGCCACUGUUCUUCCAGCACUACAGCCUGGGCUCAGGAUCGGAGCAGGGCAGUGAAACCAUCAAAUGUAAACUAGUAAUGAAGUCUGUGCUACCACUUUUCCGGUGUUUGACUUCCAUUGAGCGUAAUGUGGAACGAUGUCAGAUAUCAAUCAGCACUCCCAGUGACCGAGUCAUAAUCCAGUUUUUCUGCAGACAUGGCAUCACCAAGACCCACAACCUCCGCUUCCAGGAAAGUGAGGCUCUGCAGGCAGUGUUUGACUCACACCUCUGUCCCAAUGUGCUUAAGGCACCUGCCAGGCUUCUUGGUGACAUGGUGAUGCUUUUCCCUGUGUCUCAGGAGGAAAUCACUCUGUCCAUGACACCUCUGAGAGUCAGCCUGAGAAAUUACUAUGACGGGGGAAAUGAUCAUAUGAAGAUGAUGCACACUGAGAUGUCCUUACACCCAGACGAGUUUGACUACUUUCAGGUCGGAGUGGACUCGGACAUAACCUUCUGUCUGAAGGAGCUGAGGGGUUUUCUGUCCUUUGCAGAGGCACAUUGCCUUCCAGUGUCGAUCCACUUCAGUGCUGCAGGAAAGCCUGUGUGUUUCUUUGUGGAGGACAUGGUGCUGGAGGCCACUGUGGUGCUGGCUACUCUGAUCGACACUGAAAACAGGGGCCCCUCUCAGCCUGUAGAUACCCCGGCCCCCAUUACACCCAGGUGUGCAGAUGCCACUGCUGCACCUGUGGUGUCAUAUGAGGCAGACAGCAGUAAGCCACAGGAUAUUCCUGCUGUGAUGGAGCUGAUCGCAUCCAGCCAGGGCAGCCCUGUAAUCAGCCCACCUGCUCUGAUGCAGCUCCUGCCUCACGCUGAUGAGCUUGACGGACUCAGUGCAACUCCUGCUUCCACUACGAUCUGCUCUCUCCUGUUCAGGGCCUUGUCUUCAGAGCAGGACAGUGAUGGACGUGCUGAUAGACCACCUGUUUUGGCAUGUUACAGUGACAUGGAGGAGGACAUGGAAGAAGACUACACAAGAAGUCCUACACUUUGA